CGUGUGUGAAGUACUAUUUUGUAUUUGUACUCAAAAUAUAAAUAAUAUAUUUAUCCUACGUGCAACGAUUAAUUUUACGAGGAAAACCUACAAUUCGUUUAUUCUUUCUUUUUUUUUUUUUUUGGUUCAUUGAAGUAUCUCUUAUGGUCGCAUGAUGAUACGAUAUUAACCUUGUCCUGCGCGCCUAUGCACCUGCAGCACGCGAAUAGUGGGCAUAAGUAAAAAAUAAGGAUACUAUGGCGAUUGGCAUUGAGCGGCAUAUACGUGUAGUGGGAAGUGUACGUAUAUAGGAGGGUUUGUUUAUGUUUACAUGUAUCGGCUGGCUCCGUCGCCGGUGGAAACGCGCCGCGACUCGCGCGACUUUGUUGAAACGCACCUCGACUCGACGUUCAGUGUAAUUUCGGUGCGGAAGAGCCUAUUUCAGUGUUCGCGCAAUUUUUUUGUAACUUUGCGAUGAAAACGUGAAUUCAAGUAUAAAUCGGGAUGUCGCUGUACUUCGACACGCGAGUGCAGAACCCGGAGAUCGCGUCGGUCAAUACCUUCGUGUCAUGGCACGCGAAUCUGCCCCUGUUGGCGAUCGCCUCGUUUUCUCAAGAGAAGGGUGGAUUCGUGACUGUGUUCGAUGAUCAAGGUGAAAUUCUGCCGGACGUCGAGUCUUCGGGACACUCGGUGGCGCAAAUCACCGCCUUGGCAUGGCACCCCGAGCGCAAGUGGCUGGCUGUCACUUGGGAAAGUGGAGAGCUGAGGUUAUGGACUGGAGAUACUGGGUCAAGAGACUUUAAUAUCAUUGUGACACCACAUAGGGAUCCUAUUACCAUUUUACAAUGGAGUCAGCAUGGAGGAAGAUUGGUAUCGGGUGACAUAGUUGGUUCUUUGGUUGGUUGGAGACUGGAUAGCAGAAAUCAAUUGUCUAUUAUGUUUCAUCAUGAACUUAAAGAGUCUUUAACUCAUAUUGCUUUUAAAAUAACUUCUCCAAAACCAUCUGUUGAUUUUAGUGGUUUGGCAAAAGCAGCAGUAGCUGGUGACGAGAGAGCUCUGGAUUUAUUUAGUUCAUGGCGACCAAGAACUGCAGCUCCUACAUCAAUCUCUGUGCAAAGAGAUAAUCAUGCGUUUUAUGCUGCAACUAUAAGUGGUGUAGUUUUUUAUGUGGACGCUCAAGGUCAGUGUAUUCAAGUAUUGAAUAUGGAUGGACAAGCGUUGCACUGCUUACUGCAUCAUCAAACAAGAGAUUCUUUAGUGAUAAUGAGCGAAGGAUUGCAUAUUGGACAUUUUCAAACUGACUCUGUGACUGGGCGACUUACAGAAAUAACAAAGGUGAAACUAAGUGGUAAAAGUGAUAAUACUAAAAGUGGUCCAUCUUUGUGUUGGGCUGGCAACAAUACAUUAGCCAUUCUUACUGGUGAAUCAACAAUACGAUUGUGGGAUUUGCACACUGGAGAUACAUAUUUGCUCUCGCCACCAGAGCAGAACACAACUGGAAAUUUGGCUGCUCCCCAAGAAAUUUGUUCAAGUUUAUCCUAUUGUAAAGUUAAUGAUACCCUUGUGGCUGGAUCAAACCUAGGAACAAUCUAUUUGUGGAAGCGUAAAAUCAGAGGUUCUGAAAGUGAAGAAAAUUCUUGGCCUGCGAUACCAGAUUCUUGUACGGUUCCUGGUACCGUUAAGCAAAUCACUUGGGGUGCAAUAUUAUUAAGAAGUCCAUUAUUAGCUGUUAAUUGUGUAACAAAUGUAUACAUUUUACAUCAACAACCAAUGUGUGCAGUGUACAAUGAUGGAGUUUGUGCCAGUCAAAUAAGUCCCACUCAAUUACUCAUUGAAAUACAUGAACCUGAACAAAUAUUCACUCUGAAAACUGACUUACAAGUUCAAGCGACAGCUGUAAACAGAAGCUACAUCGCCGUGUCGUCGGGCAGACACGGUGUAGUCUAUAAAAUGAGUCAAGAUAGCCCACCCACGACAACGGUAGUGACGAGUUUCAGCUGCGAAACCGAGAAGCUGUUGUUGCGCGACUCGACCUUGAUCGUCCUGACACCCCAAGCGAUCCAACUCAGAUCGAUCGAGGAGGGAACGAUAAUUCAAACUCUGCCUACGCUUCCGGAAGAGGGCGAGCCCAUAACCAUGGAAAUGACCGGCGAUUUUCUCACGGUAGCGUCUCUGAAUGGGAUCUUGAAAAUUUGGGAUCUGAGCAAGAGAGAGGCCAAGCUCCAUACGAGAGCCAUGGCUACGUACGAAGCAAUCAGCGAUUUCGCUGAAAUAAUCGAGGCCAGAUGCAACUCCGAUUGUAGAUACGUGUCCAUCACCGUCGCUAUGGCUAAUCUCAUGCCCAGUCCCAUACUCUAUGUUUGGGAUAUUGAAAGUGAUCAAAUUCACGAGUUUGAUUUUUCAUCGGGAGAUAAUGACGAUGAUAAUGAUUCUCCUUUAAUAGCGAAAUGCAAAGGUCGACUGGUAACAGCGCACUGCUGGGACAUCGACGACUCUCGAUUACUCAUAUGUCGAGCUCAAAAACCGGAAAGCUUCAAUCCGAAAUCGUCGUCGGACGAGGCAAAAAGUCACGAAACAGCCAAUGUCGUGCUGGUAACGAUGUUCGUCACUUCCGAGCACGGUAUCGUCGUCCAAGACACGCGCGACAUCAAGGACGUCAACAGCCGCUUGCUGGGAGUCAAGUCACCCUACCUGGUGGUGCUCGACUCGGAGAAGACGAGCAAAAGCAAGACUGCGCGGCUCUUGAUGCGAGACUUCGAGGAGCUGGGCUCGUGCGACCAGACGACCAAGCGGGCCAUCCUCGACUUUUGCUUCUACUUGAGUAUCGCCAACAUGGACGAGGCCUUCAAGGCCAUCAAGACGAUUCAGAACGAGACCGUGUGGAAGAGCUUGGCCAAGAUGUGCGUGAAGACGAAGCAGCUGGACAUGGCGAUGCUGUGCCUGGGCCACAUGAAGAAAGCCAGAAGCGCGAGAGCACUGAGAGAAGCCAUGCAGGACGACACUCUGAACUUGGAGGCGAAGGUCGGAGUGUUGGCUGUAGAAUUGGAGCUUUACGACGACGCCGAUCGCUUGUUCCGCGAAGCCAAACGACUCGACCUCGUCGGCUCGCUGCUGGAAGCUCGCAACAGAUUCAAGGAGGCGAUAGAGCUUGCAAAGAAAGAGGACAAGAUACGCGAGAAGACGAGCUGCUACAAUUACGCUCGGGCGCUCGAGUCGAACGGCAAAAUUACGGAGGCCAUCGAGAUGUAUACCCAGGCGGAGUGUCAUAGGUUCGAGGUGCCCCGGAUGCUGCUGGCAUCGCCUCGCGAUCUGCAAACUUAUCUCGUAAAUUCGGACGAUUCAGAGAUAAAAAAUUGGCACGCCCAGUACACGGAAUCGAGCAACGACAUGGAGGCUGCCCUCAAACUGUACGAGCAGGCCCAGGACAGCCUCUCGCAGACUCGACUGCUGUGCUACUUCGAGCGCGAGAGCGAGGCCUGCGACGUGGUCAAUCGCACCCGUCAUCCGGCCUCCGCUUACCACCUGGCCGCGCACUACGAGUCUCGCAACAACAUCGGCCAGGCGGUGCAUUUCUACACGAUGGCUGGGGCUUAUACCAACGCGAUCAGGGUCUGCAAAGAGCACGACAUGCACGAGGAGUUGUGGCCUCUGGCCAUGAUGGCGCCGAGACAGGCGCAGAUCGACGUCGCGAGGUAUUACGAGCAGAUGGAGCAGGUCGACAAGGCUAUUCUGUUGUAUCACAAGGCGGGCCUUCUGAAGAGGGCCCUGGACCUGGCCUUCAAGACCAAGCAGUACAACGCGCUGCAGUUGAUAACCAUGGACGUGAACGCCGACUCGGAUCCGGCGUUGAUCAAGAAGUGCGCCGAAUAUUUCGUACAAAAUUCGCAGAUCGACAAGGCCGUCGAUCUCUUAGCCAUUGGCAAGUAUUACGAGGAGGCGUUGGACUUGAUCGAGGAGCACGACAUCAACCUGACCGAGGAUCUGGCCGAGAAGAUGGCUUUGGAUAAGCCCGAGAAGGACGCGGAUAAGGAGCGCUCGCGUUUAAUCAUGCUCGAACGCAUCGGCGAGAUCGCGCUGAGGCAGAACAAUCUUCAUCUGGCCACGAAGAAGUUCACCCAGGCGGGCAACAAACCGCGCGCCAUGAAGGUCCUGCUCAAGUCCGGCGACACCGAGAAGAUCUGCUUCUUCGCUCAGGUCUCGCGUCAGCGCGAGAUUUACAUCAUGGCCGGUAAUUACCUGCAGUCGCUCGACUGGCAAAAUCAGCCGGAAGUCCUGAAGAAUAUCAUUAGCUUUUACUCGAAGGGCAAGGCCAUGGAUCUGUUGGCGAAUUUUUACGUCGCCUGCGCUCAAGUGGAGAUAGACGAGUUUCAGAAUUACGAGAAAGCCGUCGACGCGCUGAAUCAGGCGAGCAGAUGCUUGGCCAAAGUCAUCGAGCCCAAGGAUCCGGACGUACAUCGGAGAGCGGUGGACGUUGUCAAUGGCAGAUUGACUACCAUCAAGAGGUACAUCGAUAUCAAAAAACUUUUUGAACGAGGAGAGACCGAUACAGCUAUGAGCCAAGUACGUUUUCUUCUGGACUCGCAAGGUCAAGAGCUCGAGCAAUCAGUGCGUCGAGGUGAUUUAUUUGCUACCAUUACCCAUCAUUUUAUCGGCAAGGGCGAUACGGAAAAAGCUCGAGCAACAGUCGAAGAAUUAAAACGUCUGGUGCCCGGUAUUAAUCUCACCUACUACUAUGAUGAAAAGAUACUCGAAAAGCUCGGUUUCAAGGCCAAUAUCGAGCAAGAAAAAUUGGUGGAUCGCGAUGACGAUAUAGAAGAAUUGUUGGGAGAUUGAAAUGUACUUAUUUUUGUUGAUGAU